GUGGGCAGGCGUCUAUCUGGAGGUUCCCACAGUGGCGGGCUAACAAAUCCUCACAUUUAUUACACAAUUAUAGCCAAAUACAAGCUUUGCUGACAUCGCUGAUAGACGGAGGUGGUGAGCGGACUCAGCCACAGUUGGAAUACAGCGGGAGAAACGCGUGCAGUGGAGAUGCAAUAGAGAAGUCGAUAAUUAAUCAGAGGAAACUACUAGCAUGCUCUUCAACUUGAAAUUUAUGGAUGUUACAGGAUGAAAAGACUCAAGUCCUCCAGUAGCAGUGACAGUUCUGACAAUGAGAGUCCCUCCACAUCCUUCUGUUCCUCCAAAAGAUAUGGCAGCAAACUGGGAACCCCCGCCUCCAGCCAGAAGAAACCGGCAGAGGUGUUCAGAAAAGACCUGAUAAGUGCCAUGAAGCUUCCAGACUCUCACCAUGUACCCCCAGAGGACUACUACCUACUGGCAGACACCUGGAAGGAGGAGUGGGAAAAGGGAGUCCAGGUGUUGGCCAGUCCAGACACUAUCCCAGAACCAUCUGUCAGAAUUAUGGUGGAGAAGUCCGAAGAAGCACUAUACAGCCAACAGAAGAAAUACAUCCAGUGCUCCAGCAUGGACUCCACAGAACCAAGCCAUGUCAACAUCAAAGAGUUGGCAGAGGUGAUGUGUCGCUAUGACCUGGAUGACAUGGACAUCUACUGGCUCCAAGCACUCAACAAGGAACUGGGUUUAAUGGGGGAACUGUCUGUGGACGAGCUGACGAUGGAGCGAGCCAUGGAGGCUCUGGAGAGCCAGUGCCAUGACAACAUGAAGCAUGCCAUCGAGACAGUGGAGGGUCUGGGGAUUGAGUAUGACGAAGACGUGAUAUGCGACGUGUGCCGCUCCCCGGACAGCGAAGAGGGAAACGACAUGGUGUUCUGUGACAAGUGCAACAUCUGUGUGCACCAGGCCUGCUAUGGCAUCGUCAAAGUGCCUGUUGGGAACUGGCUGUGUCGGACAUGUGUACUCGGCAUCGACCCUCAGUGCCUUCUGUGCCCCAAGAAGGGUGGUGCCAUGAAGGCCACACGGACAGGCACGCAGUGGGCUCAUGUCAGCUGCGCCCUCUGGAUACCUGAGGUUAGUAUCGCUUGUCCAGAGAGGAUGGAACCCAUCACCAAGGUCUCCCACAUCCCCCCCAGUCGCUGGUCUCUCAUUUGCAGCCUGUGUAAAAUGAAGACUGGGGCUUGUAUCCAGUGCUCAGUGAAGAACUGCACCAUUCCCUUCCAUGUGACCUGUGCCUUUGAGCACAGCUUAGAGAUGAAGACCAUCCUCGAUGAAGGGGAUGAAGUCAAGUUUAAGUCUUUUUGCCUCAAGCACAGCCAGUUAAAAGCUACUGAGGCCGGCCUGAGUCCAGCACGCCCCAAACCUCCCGUGGAGAUUGGCAAGGUGGGUCUGCGGGCUCAGAGACUUCAGGAGCUGGAGGAGGAGUUCUACACUCUGAUCCAGCCGGAGGAGCUGGGCCGCUCGCUGGGGCUCUCCCAACACCUGGUGGACUUCAUCUAUCAGUACUGGAAGCUGAAGAGGAAAAGUAACUUUAACAAGGCGCUGCUGCCUCCCAAAGCAGAGGAGGAGAAUCUGAUGCUGCAGCCUCAGGAGCACAGCAUCCACACACGCAUGAGGAUGUUCAUGCACCUGCGGCAGGAUCUGGAGAGGGUGAGGAACCUAUGUUACAUGGUGAGUCGACGAGAGAAGCUGAAGCUGCUGCAGAGUAAAGCUCAGGAGCAGAUGUUCAACCUUCACUUGAAGCUUUUAAACCAGGAGCUGAUUGCUGGUCUGCCAGCUUCAUUUCCUGUGGAGAGCCUCCUGUUCCAUCCACCUCCAAGGAUUACACUGAAGCUCAAGAUGCCUAAAAAAUCAAGUCAUGGCAAUGGGAACCACAGUUCCAAGUCCGGGAAUGGACCACUGAGCCUGGACAACAGUGGCAACGUCACAGAAAACUGUGGUGAAGGUCUGGGUCAGGGGAAGCCCCAUUUACAUGGACAUGGUCGAAGAGAGGGGGGCUCCAAUGGUCAGCUGUCUGCGUCCAGUCACAGGAAUAACCGGCUGAAGCCCACUGGUAAACCAUUAGUGCUGCAUGCCGCCCUUCACGGGCAGUCUUCCAAGAGCAAAGGCAAAGCUGAGCCAGGGCAGGGCUGUGUCACCAAAUCCAACGGUCUCUCAGAGAAGGUGGUCGCUCAGAAACACAGUUCCUGCCAAACGCCGAGUGACCAAGAUGCUCUAAAUGAAAGUUUGAACAGCAACAACUUUCGCAAGUCAGCCAUGGAACACUUUGGCAGGUCUUUUAAAGAGGCCACUAUCAACUUGGUACGGACCACGGAGGACCUGCGGUCCUCUGAAAAGCACUCCCACAAGGCUUCCACCAAGGACGCUCUCUGGGUUAAACCUGAACAUGUAGUGAAAAGUGCCCGCUCCUACCACGAUAGCGAUGGUUACUGUCCAGACCUGGAGCUCAGUGACUCAGAACCAGAAGCCAGGGGGAGACACAGGCGACCAGUUGGGCUGCCGAAACCCAACGUUCAAAGAAGAGACUGUAAGAAAGUGGCCAACAGAGAGAAGCCGUCGCUGAGCUCCAGACACCACGUGCACAGGUGACGCGACCCGCCGCUGAUGUUGUGAGACAUUUGUAUCAGGGACCAGGCGAACUAUGACAUUCUGAAGAAACCACACUUGCCUUCAGUGGUGGCGAGCAUCACAUGAGCAAUCCACAGCAGACCUGCAUCUUUUUUACAUGUUUGCCUUUGACUUGUGUUUGUAAAUAAGGAUUGGAUGUAAAAAGACAAAAAGUCCCAUGCUGAACAGAGAUUCGUCACAUGAACUUGACAGUAUCAUCAUGAAUGGAAUCUGGCUGUGGCUAUUUAUGUGGUUUUCUAAUGUGAGGAAAGAGGAAAGCAGAGAAGUGCUCUUUGGCUUCAUCUCUUGAAUAGCGUCAUUUAUCUGCACUUGUGUCUUCCCAAUCCAAAGCAGGCGAAUGUGCUUCCCUGAAACCAACCAUUUCUGCAUCCGGUUAGUUUUUGUUCAAUAUUCCCAGAAGGCAAAAUCCAGAAAAUAAUAACAAAAUGUUGAAAUGAAAUCAGUUACAUUAUGGAUGAAUUGAUUAAUUUUCUUUCUUUUUCUCCAUUCAACUUGAAGGCUUUUAUUAGCUGAAAUCUCAGUUCAAAAGUAUAUUAUGUUACGGAAACACCAAGACUUCUGCCGUGAUCCAAAGUUUUGCAACUUGACCUCUUAAUUCAUUCCAGUGGUGUGUGACUGUUUUCAUGUCAUGAACCAAAAACUGAACGCUGGAGCUUGUUUACAAACACUACAGAUCUGUUGGUGUUGUUGGACUGUGCUCUCUGUGAAAACUUAACUCCAGCACUCGCGCUUUUUUUUUGUUUUUUUUUUAAACAAAACAUAUCCAGCCAUCAUGGGUUUUUUUUUCAGUGAUACAAUAAAAACGCACAUUUUUCACUUA